AUGCCCGUGAAAUUUGUGGACCCUGAAUUUUCAGCAGUCGGGCAGCACCGGAAGAACGUGAAAACCUAUGGCAGUGGGUGGGCCCUGCUGUGCUGCGCCAUGGCCAGCAAGAGAGUCCGCAACCUCGUCCUCUCCUUCUCCGCCCAGCACCCCAUCUCCCUGGUAUACAACAACCUACACCCGCAGUGGGAGAGGAGCGUCGCCUUCCUCCUGCGCCAGCGCGGCCUCAGGUCCCUCACCCUCACCUUCAUGCACGUCAUGCAGCUCGACACCAUCGUGUCCCAGGACGAGGAACACGGUGAUGGGUGUGCCAUGGAGCAGGGCGAUGGGGGUGCUGUGGAACACGGCGAUGGGCGUGCCGUGGACCAGUAUCAUAGGGAUCUCAUUGAGCAGAAUCACUGGACGCAGUACUUCGGCUGCCCACGUCUGCAGCGGCUGAAGCUGGGGCGCGGCAAGUGGGUUCUCUCGGAUGGGUGGGCGGGGAAGCUCAAGGCGCUGCGCAGUUUGACUCUCAAGCACAUCGAUUGGAGCCAUGUGGAUGUCCAGUAUCUCGCCACGCUCACGCCACAGCUCACGGAAUUCACGCUUUAUGAGGGCUGGGAUUCGGAUAACCCGUCCGUCGGCCCUCAUGGCAGCGGCAUUAACCGAUUCUGUUUUGACCUCUCAUCAGCUCGCGUCCUCCGCUUCUACUUCGCACAGAGCAGCCUCACGCUCUUCCUCACCCUCUCCCGCUCGCUCAAGGCCUUCUCUGCCGUGGCCAAACGGCUGGUCCUCUCCUGCAAGAGCGCCGCUCCUCUCUAUCUCGACCAACUCUCACUCUAUGGCCGGGAGCGUCUCGUCAUCUCCUCCCUCCGCCUCGCAUCUGCACGAGUGGCCUACCUCAAUGGCCCUCCCAUCGACCGCCACUCCCGCGAUGAUGCCUGCUCAUCUCAAAGAACAGAUUCUUCCUCUUGGGAUACCCCUGCUCCGCCCCCUGACUGGCUAAGCUUGCACCGCUGCAGCUCCUCUGAAUUCUCCUGGGUUGAAUGGCUGGGUGCUAUAGCACCAACAGUGGAGGUGCUUAUAGUGAGGUACGGGGUGCCUGUAGAGCAGUUGGGUGCGGAGUGGAGCUGCCUGCGCAGCCUUGGGGUUGUCGUGGAAAGUGAGGAGCGGUUUGCGAGAGAUCUGGAUUUUGUGAGGCGGCAGCAUGAUGGUGAAGAGGAGGUUACAGUGGAGGAAUGUCAGGAGCGCAACCAGAGGCAGAGGCGGUUGCAGCAGCACCGACGUCCGCAGCAGCAGUGGCAGCAGGAGGAGCAGGAGGAGGAAGAGGAAGAGGAGCAAGCAGGAGAGCUCCCUGUUAUCAAGGCUCCAAACAUGAAAACGAUCUUCUUCCCCUCUCGCACCUGCGAGCAGCAAACUCUUGUUGCCCUACAUGAAUCAUGCCCCUCCCUCGCCCUGUACUGCAUUGCAAGUCGAUCUUUCUACUGGGAGAAGCAUGGGAAGGGGCUGGCUAAAACGGAGACCCCUGUGGUGCAUGUGAGGAAGGGGAGGAGCGGCGUGUCGAGCAACUGCUUUGGGGAGAGGCAGGCGAAGAAUGUGAGGGAGAAGAUGCACAGUGUGAAUAGGUGGCUGGUUGAAGGGUACAGUGUUGAUACAGAUGAGGCUUAUAUGCUCAAGUACAAAGGAAGCCUCUGGGAGACUUACCGCUCUUACUACCUUUAG